GCGGCCCCUCUGGCCAGAGAAGUUCGUAGCCUUUGUGAGGCCCGGCGUGGAAGGUGCCAGCCUCGAGGGCCAAGCCGGCUCGGGACGGAGCGAAGCCUUUCGGAGGAGCCCCCCGAGGGGAGGCGGGAAGGAGGACCACGAGGCCUCGGGGCUUCCCGCUCCUCCGCGCGGCGAGGGCUGCGCUGGGGGGAGAGCUGAACCUUCGCGGCCGGGAGGAGGUGGUGACCAUGGAGACAGAUAUGGCCGAAAUGCCUGGGAAGAGCGCUCCGUCUUCCCAGGAUUCUCCCUUUUCCCAAGAAAAGAGGACAGAAGAGGGAGAAGUGGCAGCUUUGCGCCUCACAGCCAGAUCGCAGGCAUCAGUGACGUUCAAGGAUGUGGCCAUGGACUUUACCCCAGAGGAGUGGGGGAGGCUGGAUCCUGCACAGAGGGACGUGAUGCUGGAGAACUACAGGAACCUGGUCUCGCUCUGGCUUCCAGUUUCCAAACCUGAGAACCACAAUUUGGAGAAUGGAAAAGAACCAUUGAUGCUUGAGAGAAAAGCCCCCAAAAGCAGCUGUUCAGACUCAGAGACUAGACCCGGGAGCAAAGAUUCAACUUCAGUGCAAGAUUUUUCCAAAGAAGAAUCAUGCCAGGUUGCAGUCAUAGACAGGCUGACAAGGAAUGGUGUCUAUGACUCCAACUUGGAAACAACUCUCGCAUGUGAAAACCGGUUAGAGAAUCAGCAAGGAAAUCAGGAGAGACGCUUGAGAGAAAUGUUCACCCACAUGAAUUCACUCCCGGAAGAGAGAGCUCAUGAGCAUGAUGUUUACUGGAAAAACUUGAGCCAGAAGUCAGUACUUCUCACUCAAGACAGAGUUCCCAAAGGAUCCUGUGCCUUCCAUACCCUUGAAAAAAGAUUGAAACAGAAAUCAACCUUAAUGAAAAAGCAGAGGACCUACAAAGAGAAGAAACCUCAUAAAUGUAGUGACUGUGGUGAGCUCUUCACUUACCAUUCAGUGCUCAUUCGACACCAGAGAGUCCAUACCGGGGAAAAACCCUACAGCUGCACCGAGUGUGGGAAGUCUUUCAGCCACAGGGCGAAUUUAACUAAACAUCAGAGAACUCACACUAGAAUUCUCUUCGAGUGCAGCGAAUGCAAGAAGGCCUUCACAGAAAGCGCAUCCCUUGCAAUACAUCAGAGGAUUCACAUUGGAGAGAGACCGUAUGAGUGCAGUGAGUGUGGGAAAGGCUUUAAUCGAAGUACACACCUUGUGCAGCACCAGCUGAUCCACACAGGGGUGAAGCCUUAUGAAUGCAACGAGUGUGAUAAAGCCUUCAUUCAUUCUUCAGCACUCAUUAAACAUCAAAGAACUCACACUGGAGAGAAACCCUAUAAAUGUCAGGAAUGUGGGAAAGCCUUUAGCCACUGCUCAUCCCUUACCAAACAUCAGAGGGUUCAUACCGGAGAAAAACCCUACGAAUGUAGUGAAUGUGGAAAAACCUUCAGUCAGAGCACACAUCUUGUUCAGCAUCAGAGAAUUCACACCGGAGAGAAACCCUAUGAGUGUAACGAAUGUGGGAAAACCUUCAGCCGGAGCUCAAAUUUUGCUAAACAUCAAAGAAUUCAUAUUGGGAAGAAACCAUACAAAUGUAACGAAUGCGGAAAAGCCUUCAUUCAUUCAUCAGCCCUUAUUCAACACCAGAGAACUCAUACUGGGGAGAAACCCUAUAGGUGUAACGAAUGUGGAAAAAGCUUUAAGUGCAGUUCAUCCCUCAUCAGACAUCAAAGGAUUCACACGGAAGAGCAGCCCUGAAAAAUGACUGAAUGUGAAGAAAUGGUCUCGGACAAGAAGAACUGAAGCAGCUUUGAGGCACAAACACCUUCGUGUCACAUACGGAAGAGAGUCACAGGACAGUGACUUCAGGAGGACAAGCGGCUUCUCCCCCUACCCCGCACCCCGGGAAGAAGUUGCCUUUUCUCAGGCCUCACGUUUACCCACAUUUUUUUGUUGUCCUGUAUGUUGGUUGGUCUUUGCUAUAUCCCAGGGCCCCAAGGAAGGUAGAAAAGGCUUGAAGCCGCAGUGAUUGAUUGACAUAAGUUACAUGGGUGACCAAAGAACCGUGUGGUGGGAUUGGAAACACAAAAGCAAAAGUUCAAAUAAAUAUUUAGCAAAACACUAUACAAAUGUCAGUUUUUAUUGUUGCUCUGUUAUAUGGUGUGAGAAGAAAAUUAUAGAAAAGAUAGAGAGGGAAAGAUUAGUUACAGGUUUCUUCUUUCUCCUCUCCUAAAUCCUAUCCUUGGACAUUCAGCAAUCAGCCUGCACUCUUCCCCCUCCACAUUAUCCCCGUUACUUCUUAUAAUUCUUAUAGCUUCCUCUGUAGACCUUAGUUCUAUUACUGAGGAAAAGAAGAGGAAUAGAGUUUAAAGAAGUGAUAAAAGAGAUCAAGGUCAUGUCUAAUCCAGCAACGAUGGAAAUCAAAACAAUGGGAAGUGGGACGGGAAGGACUGGGAAGAAAGAGGCUUUGAAAAGAAUUUUUAAAAAGAAUAUAUAGAAAGGGGCCAAGGUCUGAAAGGUGGGGGUCGGAGAAUGGCUGACACAGGACAAAAUAAACAAAAUAGAGCUCAGCCCUCUCAUCACCUCGAUAUUCAGAUUAACGGUCUGAGGUGGAAGUUGAUAAGCUAUGGCCUGGACCCACUACCUAGUUCUGUAAAUAAUGUUUAAUUGGAACUGGGCCUCACUCAUCAUUUACAUGUGUUUGGCUGUUUUUGUGCUAAAACAGCAGAGUUGAGUAGUUGCAGCAGAGAUUACAUGUCCCGGAAAAUAUUUGCUGUUUCUCAACAGGCCAAAUGCUUGAGUGAGAAGAAAUUCAUCUGGGGGCCAAUAUUUGGCUAACCCAAGAUCAAUGGGUUUGGAUUCUGCCACCUCCACUUGGCAAUUAUGUGACUUUGGAAAGCUACUUACUCUUUCUGAGCCCCAGUUUGCUUAUCUGUAAAAUGGGGACAGAUCAACCCUCUCUCAAGGCUGUUGUGAGGAUAAGACAAUGAAUGUAAAGAACCUGGCACAUAGUCAGUUGUAUUGAGAGACCUCCCCCACUUCUCUCUCUCGCUCUCUCUGUCAUUAGUUUCUAGGAGCCCUCACAUACGGUGAAAUCCACAGAUGCUCAAGUCCUUUAUAUAAAAUGGUGUAGUACAGUCGGCCCUCCGUAUCUGUGGCUUUUGCAUCUUCAGAUUCAACCAACCAUGGAUGGAAAUUUGGAUCCACUGUUGGUUGAAUCUGCUGAUGCAAAACCCUUGAAUACGGAGGGCCAACGGUAUUUAUUGAAGAAAUCCCCGUAAGUGGACCUGAGCAGUUCAAAGCCAUGCUGUUGGAGGAUCCACCGUUACAUAUAUUUUAAUGAAGUGGUGAGUCUGCUUUAGGCUACGUGUAACAAAAUGUCAUUGACUAAGUGGCUUGUUUAUAAACAACCUUCUUACAGUUCCAGAGACUGGGAAGUCCAGGAUCAAGGCCCUGGCAGAUUCAGUGUCUGGUGAGGCCCCCUCCCCAGUUCUCAGGUGGCUAUCUUUUCACUGUGUCCUACCAUGGUGGAAGGGCAGGGGACCCCUCUGGGGCCUCUUUCAUGAGGGCGCUAGUCCCGUUCAUGGGGGCUCUACCCUCAUGACCUCAUCACUUCCCAAAGGUCCUGCCUCCAAAUACCACCACUUCGGGGAUUGGGGUUCCACAGGAAUUUGGGGGGGAACACAAAACAUUCUGUCUAUAGCAAGUGACUAAGCAUCAAUCAGAAAUGACUUAAGAAUGAGUGAGUCUUCCACACCUUUACUUACUGAUCUAAAGCCGACCAUCCUGCUCCCUGGCAUAUCAUAGAGAAGGGCUUCACUUCCUUCUGCUCUUGCUUCCAUCUGGUGCGCUCCCUGCACAGCCUCCUGGAGACCUCGUGGAAUCUGCCUUUUUUCCUUCUAAUUAUCACUUAACCAGGAGCCACACCAUGGUUCCAGAGACUCAAGUAUUAUUGUCGUUUAAUUAGUGUCAAAGGACUUAACUCUAAGCUAGUUUUACUGAGAGCUCUGGCCCUUUGCAUUUCAGUAUUUGUUCCUUUUAUGCUUGGAGUUCAAUCAGUUCUGACUGUGUAUUUGUGCUCCCACAGGAAUCUUGGAAGUUUUAGUGUUCUGCUUUCCAAAUGUUUUUGGUUACCUGUAAACAAAAUUUGAUUGUUCUUAUUGGCCCACUGUCAAUGAAGAUGUCGUUUAUA